AUGGGGGGCGUUCACAUUACCGACAAAAACCUGACCAUCAUCCUCGCCUCGGUAAUUCCCGGGGUCGCGGUCCUCACACUCUGCGCUGUCUUGUGCUGCAGGAUUCAAAGACGCAGGGCACGACUCUUCCGCAGAGGCAUCACUCCAAUCGGCGAGGAAGAGAUUCAAUCAUGGAAAGUCGACAAGGACGAUGAACGCUCCGAGGUUCUCGAGCAGGGGCCAUCACACCGGCGCGACAACUCGGCCUCAUCGAACAAGCCCCCGAGCAUCAUUGUCUACCAAAACACGCCGCCACGCCGGCUUUCCGAGGACCAGGAGUUCCUCUCUACCUCGCCAUCAUAUCGCGUGAGCGUCGAUAUUCCCACUACACCAGUCCUCGCCCGGGCGCCGAAUUCUCGUCCUGGUUUAACCGACGACACCAUUCCAGGCGACGAUGCUUUCAUCCUUCAGCCUAAACGACAGACACGUAUCAGCAAGCACCCACCAGUGUCUGGUACAACCCGCCACAACCGUGCAUGGAGUACUCGAUCUCUAUCUCGCGGCCCCUCACACGAGCACUGGUACGGCGCUGACCAGGACAGCACGCCGCCGCGCCACUCUACAGAGACUUUCACUCGAAGCCGGUCCAUGCACCACGCCUCAAAUAACAGCACCGCCUACUCGACUCCUGCCAAGCCGCCCAGGGUAUCCUUUGAUGAUGAUAUGUUUCUGGGUGGACUGUCACCACGACCACCAGUCCACAAGUCCGAGAUUGGUCGAGCCAUUGGCUGA